UUGCGGAGUCUUGCUGAGUCAUCUCCAAGCUAGCCAAUCAAGACUCAGGGAGGGAAACUCUUUGCAGAUAAAUACUCCACAGCAGCAGGGACUCAGUGAAGCACUUCACCAGCAGCUGAGAGACAUCCCGAUUCAUCCUUCCAGAAGCCUUCCCUUUCAGCACCAUGAACCCACGUGCUGCUGUCAUUUUCUGCCUCAUCCUGCUGAGUCUGAGUGGGACUCAAGGGAUCCCUCUCUCAAGAACGGUUCGCUGCACCUGUAUCAGUAUUGAUGACCGGCCUGUGAAACCGAGGGCCUUAGGAAAGCUUGAAAUUAUUCCUGCAAGUCUAUCCUGCCCACAGAUUGAGAUCAUUGCCACGAUGAAAAAGAGUGAUGAGAAGAGGUGUCUGAAUCCGGAAUCUGAGGCCAUCAAGAAUUUAUUGAAAGCAGUUAGCCAAAAAAGGUCUAAAAGAGCUCCGUAACUGGAGAGAAGCCACUCACCACAGUGCUAUGACCUAUGGACAGCAGAGAGCCUGUCUCUCCAUCACUUCUCUCUACCCAGUGCAUGGCUAGUCCUAAUGGUCUCUGUUUCUUCUGAAAGGUGGCCAACCGUGGUCACAUCAGCUGCUACCCCUCCUGCAGGAUGAUGGGCAAAUCAUGGUCCUGAGACAAAAGUAACUCCAGAAACAAGAAUACUUUAAGAGCUGGUCAGAGUCCUCACUGAAGCAGCUGGGAUGGCUCUCCUAGCUUGGUACUGUAAGCUGUGUGGAGGUACUAUGCUCUUCAUCAUGUGCCACGCCCCAGCCUGCUCACCACACCCUUCUUGUCUUCUCCAGCUUUAGGCUGGUGAGUUCUGAGUUUACCUGAGCUCUUUUAUUUCACAUGUAGUCCAAGUAAGACUACAAAGUAAGUUUGUAAAAACAAACUUACCACCAUCUUCCCAAGGGAAUUUCAUAACUCAGAAUACUUACAGGAACCUGGAAAUGGAUGUGUAAAUAUUAUUUAACGAACGACUGUAAAAAGCAGAAUUCCUAGAUGUAUUUUUUUUGUAUGCUUUUCAUUGUAUAUGGAAGAACUUGUGUCAUUACAUAUCAAUAAGUAGUUCAAGUUUACACAGACAAAUGUUUUGAAUGUUAAAUAGUAUAAAAGGUGUUGGAUGGUUUUCAAAAUAAAAUGUACUGUAUUGAAAGUAGUAAGAGACCAAAAAAAUAAUAAAGUAAUAAUACUGACAUGAAAUGCCAUGAGGAUCAUGUGACU